UCCGGGUUUAAAAAGUUGCAGAAGGGCGCCACCUAGUGGAUAAUAGCGAUAUUGCGGAAAGACGGAAAUACUCGUCAUUGGCGGGUAGGGCUGUCAACGAAUAUUCUAAAUUCGAAUAUAUAUUCGAAUAGUAAAAAAACGAAUUUCGAAUGUGAAAAUUAAUAUUCGAAUAAAAAAACGUGAAAAAAAGUAGAGGCGUGGCUGUCUGCUUUGCGAGUGGGCACGCUAGGUUCAGGUACAGGUCACAGGAGUCGCACUGUCUGGCACAGCAUCACUGCAAAAAAUUUACGCGUCUUGCAAGAUGGCAGAAAGUGCAGAGCCCAACUCGCCCGCAGCAGAGAAAGCUAUUUUAACACCUCAAAAUCUAAAAAGUUUUUUGGAUUUUGGGCAAUAGGAGGUAAAAUCGUUGAGCCGCGAGAUAAAGUAGUAUGCAAGCUAUGUAAAAUAGAGUUAGCAUACCAUUCGACCACUAGCAACAUGAGGUCGCAUCUUGAAAAAUUUCACCCAAAUGAGUAUGGCAUGUCUGGAACUCCAGCUAAACAAUCACGUAUUGACACAUUCUUUGCAUCGCCCACCACAAGCUCUUUGUCUGCAACACGACAAGAGGCCAUAACGAAGAAAUUAAUUUCGUUUAUAUGUAAGGACAUGCGACCGAUAAGUGUCGUGGAUGGGACAGGCUUCAGGGAGUUCUGUCAAGCAAUGGAACCGAGGUACCAUAUUCCUAGCCGUGGAACAGUCACUAAUAGAAUCGCAGAAGUGUAUAACAGCACCUCAGACAAAAUAAAGGAAUCAAUCAAAGGCAAAGAUGUGGCUCUUACCAUGGACGGGUGGACAUCCCUAGCGACAGUAUCCUACGUAACAGCAACGGCCCAUUGGAUAAAUGAUGACUGGGAAAUGCUUAACAAUGUGCUAAAAACUAAAGAGCUUAAGGUAAGCCACACUGCAGAAAAUGUAGGGGAAUGCAUUCAAGAGAUCUUGGAAGUUUUUGGCAUAGAAAGGGGAUCUGUGAUUGCCAUCACAACGGACAAUGCCACAAAUUACGUCAAUGCAGUGGAGAGACAUCUUCAAACGGUAAAUAUACCAUGUGUGGCGCACACAAUAAACUUGGCUGUGCGUAAAGGGCUCGGGGUCAGAGCCAUUGAAAUCCCCGUUAGUAGACUGAAAGUGGCGGCCUCACAUUUCAGCAAAUCUUCAGCCGACAGUUACCUUCUUCAGCAGAAACAACAACUUUUGGGAUUAAAACUGAGAAGCUGAUUAACGACUGUCCGACACGAUGGAACAGCACAUAUGAAAUGAUCUGCCGUGCAUCGGAGCAGCAAGCAGCUGUGUCAGCUGUCAUCUUUGAGAAAAAACUGUCAAGAAUGGAGCUCACCACAACUUAAUGGUCCCUAAUGGAAAAGGUAAGCAUAGUGUAUAAAAUAUGUACCGCAAUCAGUCAGUGAUGGAGGAAGUAUCUCAGUAGCCUACUUAAGUAGAAGUACAAAUAACCAGAGACAUAUUUACUUUAGUAGCCUAAAAGUAGUACAACAAAGAAAACCCUACUUAAGUAAAAAGUAGCCUACCUUAUUUCAAAUGUAGGCUACUUUAAGUAUUAAAAUUAAAAGUACUUGCAUUACAAUUUAUUUUCGUAAUGUCUAUAAUUCUAAUAAUAAGGACUGUAACAAAAUGAAACUGAAAUCACGACACACACCCUAUUUGAAUUUAUCAUUAUAAAUUAUAAUUUUAUCAUUAUAAAAGCCUUUCUUUAAAGUUAAUUUCGUUUUGUAAUAAAUAUAUCUAGCUAUAUCGAAAUGUCUACUUUUAAACAGAAGCAAUGCAAAACGAAAGAACACAGACUGCUCUCUGCCAGAGGUGGAAAGUAACGAAUUACAUUUACUCACGUUACUGUAAUUGAGUAGUUUUUUUGUGUAUUUUUACUUUUUUGAGUAGUUUUUAAAAUCUGUACUUUUACUUAAGUAUGUUUUAUUUAAAGUAUUGUACUUCGAUACAUUUUACUCCGUUACUGAGUAAAAAAAUAUUUUAAAAAGCAAGGUGAUAAAGACGCGCAACAGAUGUAAAUGGGCGGGGCCCGGAGGAACGCGCAAAAAGAACCAUGGAGACGGACGAGACAGGCGCGCGCUAAUGCAGACCCGCAUCAGUUCAAAUCUUAUGAAAGAAACCCCUGGUCAUAUUUAAGCGACCACUUUCCACUGACGCGAAGCGAGUGUUUCAUUUCUAUGAAAGGUAGGAUUUAUGCUCUUAAGUACGAAAUUGCACGACACGUUUUUAAUACCAUGCGCAUUAUCUUCCAAGGUCUAGCAGCUUCGCGUCAAGUCAAACACAACUUCAAAACGUCCUCGAGAACGCGCAGGUCAUAGACAUUGCAGAGAGAGAGAGAGAGAAGAAUAAAGGUCAUCAGGUACCCAGGUCAGGGAAGUAAGAAGAUAAUAAACGUGUCAAAUGUAUAUGGACACUCAUCUCAUUAUAUGCUCAUUUAAACUAUAUAUAGUUUAAUAAAAUAAUGUAUGUUACCAGCAAUACAUGAAUUACAACCUUACUAUAGUGAUUGUAUUUACAAGCUGCUGACCACCUUCAAAAGUGCAUAACUCACAUGUAAAAAUCAUUAAACAAUUCCAUAAAUGUUUCUUACUUUAAAAAAGCUUUUUAUUUUAUUAACUUUUUGUUAUUGCACUUUAAUUGUAAAGAUGUUCCUACAAUUAAAAACAACUAGUUUGAGAUGUAUAUUCCCUUGUCGUUUUUGAACUAGAAUACUAGAAUCCUCCACCUCUUCCCGCUGUAAAAAAGUAACUUUUACUCUGAGUAAAGUUAAAAUGACUUACUUUUUACUUUUACUUGAGUAGAUUUUUAGGCAAGUAACUUUACUUUUACUUAAGUAAAAUAUUAUUAAAGUAACUUUACUUUUACUUGAGUAAAAUAUUUUAUUACUUUUUCCACCUCUGCUCUCUGCUUAUGCAGGCUAAUCCGUAAGAAAUGUGCAUUUCUCUCAGGCGCGUUCACUACUGCAAAGAUCGCGAGUCAGCAUAGCCGACUUCAUCUUUGCAGCCACUGACAAAGAAAAACACUUGUUUAUUUAUAUACAAUUAACAUUUAUUUUACAUAUUCAAAAUCAUUACUUUUUUGCCAGUUAUUUUUGGCGGCGGCACUGAAAAUUGGCAUCGUUACAUUCCACCACUGACCGACAAAUGCAUAACUUUCUAAUAUACCUUUUAAAUAGGUAAAAUGAUGGCCCUAAUUUACUUUGUGUGAAUGCUAAUAUUAAUGUAAUUUUCUACACUGUAAUCCCUAACAGUUGUACUAGCUCAUACUAAUAAGGUCAUAACAGUCAAAUGUCGUUAUGCAAUUGACCACACUAUAAAAUAUUGAGCUCUUUUGAGAUUUAUGCCACUUUAAUUGAAUAGGGCUCAAUAUUUUGUAGCUAAUUUCUGUGGAACACUCAAAAAGUUUAUGAACCACACAGUAGUGUCAUGACGUUAUUGACGUCAUGACGUUCCUGUGGGUGGGUCUUAUCUCUCCCUCAGGAAUGUGGAGUCAGCCAUCUUGAAUUUGCCCUGAUGCGGGAAAGUUUUUGCCAGCACGUGUGGAUGGGAACACAGUUUAAUUUGUUUUAAUUUGUUUGUAAUGUCCAAUUUUACCCCCCCGCUUCAAAACACAACUACCUCGGUUAUUUUCAUCAGUCUUAUUGCCCUCCUUUUCUUAAGCGCCGUCUUAUCAUCAGCCCCGAUUUGGCACAAGUGUGUGGCUUUGAGAUCAUCUCGAAACAAUUUUAACAGUUCAGAUAUUGGACUACAACGAGUGCUACAGAGGGUCAUUGUUUCACCAUCAGACAGGUGCCAACAGGUGUUUGCAGAGUUCCACCGAAUUAACAAUGUUAACCUGCGCAAUCAAUUCUACAAGGAGCUGGACAGACACACGCCUAAACUAAUCACCUUGUUCAGAGACAAGGCCAUCAAGACUGGCAAGAUAGCGGAGGAGCUAGCCAAGCUCAUGAGGAUUUAUGACCUUCAGGAACAGCGUGAUGUAAAUAUGAGACGGGCCCUCGUCCUUCGUGCACUUCCUGUGUACCUACGUGAAGAUUCCUUCAAGUUCUUCAGGAUCUGUAAUUCAGCAGAUGGUCCAGACCUCACUGACACUCCAGUGGCUCUCCUGACAGUUGUCACGGAUGAACCUACUGAUGCAGCCCUCUUCAGCCCUGAGAGCAUCAGUAUUGUCGUGGAGGAUGAAAUACUUGUUGUCAUGUGUCUUGAGGACAACAAACCACUAAAAGGGCGUCUACUGAUGCUGAAAAAUUAUUUGUUCAAUGAGUGAAUUACUCAGAGUUGAGAUGGGUAUUGAGGAAGUUUUUUUUCCAUUUCUUUCGAUCCAUUUCCGCCUCUUCUACCUCAGAUUUAAGGUGUGACACUGUUUGCCUGUUCUACCUCAGAUUUAAGGUGUGAUACUUUGCCUGUUCUACCUCAGAUUUAAGGUGUGACACUUUGCCUGUUCUACCUCAGAUUUCAUACAUUGAUUGUUAAAUUUUAAAAACAUUGAUGUAUUGCCCAGCCCAAGUUCUUGUACUAAAUAUGUUCAAUUCAUGCACUAUACAUGUUUAAUGUUCUGCUGCCUAAUGCCUACCUUGAUGCAUUGCCUUGAUGUUGUCAGUUGAAGUGCGGCACAGAAAAAAACAGCACUUUAUUUGAAUGUUGUAUUUUAAAAAAGUAAGUUGCAGCCUUUAAGAUACAGUAGAAUCAAAACGUGUUAAAUGGCUCCACAUUCUAAUAGUUGUUGUUGUUGAGGAUAGAUUAUACUUAAAAUCUUAUAGAUUUUAUCAUGAAUCCUUUGAGUUUUAUCCUAUUUUUACCAAAAAUACUGAAUCUACCCUCUGUAGCAAUGACCACUAUCAGACAUGGAAAUUAUAGCACUUAAUGUACUUUAAAACACAUUUUGUUUUUAUAGAUUUGUUUUGUCACAAGCACUUUGUUUUGACUGAUCCAUUUUGAUUCGUGCCUUUUUAAAAAGCACAUUGUGUUUAAUAAAAACAGUUGUUAAAGUGCCCAUAUUAUGAAAAACUCACUUUUUCUGGGUUUUGGGGUGUUAUUUUGUGUCUCUGAUGCUCCCACACGCAUACAAACUUGGAAAAAAAUCCAUCCAUGCUGUUUUGAGUGAGAUACACGUUUAUGAAUGUCCUCUGCCUUGAGUCUCAGAUUGUGCGAGUUCAAACUCAGCUCCGUUGUGACGUCACAAACCGUUUCGUCACAUUCAGUUUGAAUUUUCCCGCCCACCACCCCACUCGCAGGUCCCCACCCACCAGGGAGCUAGAGAGAGCACAGAACAGUCAGUCACUUCGCUGGCUGAUACCCUGCUGUUAUUAUGUCUCACUGAAAUAACAGCGCUAUUUGGAUAUUAUGGAUUAUACUCCCGCCUACUUUUAAAAACAAAGUUUUAAUGCGUGGUUAUUGGAACCCGGAGUAAUCUUAUAUACAGUGUGUUAUGACGCAAAUAGUCAUCAGAUUGUAGGCGAUAAGACCUUCAUGCGAAAUCUGAUGUAAACAACAGACUAUGUAGCUCCCACGGAUUAUACGCAUUUGUGGACAAAAAUGGAUGUAUUUUUUAUUUGUAUUGUAUUUUACUGGACUUUCAUGGAUCAUUCACACGUUUGAAACAGACUGGAUUCGAUUCGCGAUCUUUGUAUCAAACACAAAAGGUAAGAAGUCACGUUAUAUUUUGCAUGUUGUCAUCUUCUAUCACAAAAUACUACAUUUAUGAUGCUAGAGCUAAAUUUUUUUUGCCAAACUAACCGAGACCGGGCCUUACGCACCGGCUUUUCUGACGAGGCUAAGUUAACCCCCGAGCCUCUAAUAACUGUACGGUCCGGAGCUCCCGCUAGCUUCUAGCAAUUAGCACGCGGUCCACAAGCAGUAUACAUCCCCUACCGGGUCUUAAUUUCUGUAAUUUGCAAAAAUAAUGCGUUUGAAAAUGUUUAUAACGGGAAUAUGUUAGUAUUGUCCAGGGAAAACGAGUUUAUUGUUGAGACUGCUAACGUUACAUCACAAUUUACUCUGGAAUCAUUGUGUGUCAUGAGUUUCUUCUCCUGUAGUGUACUUAUUAGUGAUACUUUUCUGCAUGAUUUGUCUGUUGGCAACAUAAACCGUUAAUAAUAAUAUAUAAAAUAAUAACACAGUAUGGUCUGUACUGCUCACGAUACCACUGAGCACGCGCACGGGCACAUGACGUUAGUAGUGGGGCGUGAUCAAAGGAGCAGCAACUCAUAAAUAUGUAAUGACUGGCUCAAAACGGCACAAUCUAAACUGCCUUGAAACAGAGGCUCAUAGUGAUGGGUAACAAUCUUUUCCUACAAGCUGUUUCGAGCAAACAAUUUUUGAAACAUGCUUUAUGGAACUCAUACACCUAUAUAUAACUUGUGGAAAAGCAGUCAUAAGAUGGGCACUUUAAAUUGUUACUGUGGUGUCACUUUUGUGUUUUCUAACAUUGCUAGCUGAUUAUAACUGUGUAGUGGUCCGACAUCAGUAUUUCAGUUAAGAAUUAAUUUUGAGUGCAUGUCCCACAUUAAGUUGAGAAUAUUAAAAAUUUUUGAGUGUUUUUCCCACAUUAUGAGUUGAGAAAUAUUUAAAAUUUUGAGUGUAUUUCCACAUAAUAUGAGUUGAAGAAUAUUUAAACUUUUGAGUGUAUUUUCCACAUAAUAUGAGUUAAAGAAUAUUUAAACUUUUGAGUGUAUUUUCCACAUAAUAUGAGUUGAAGAAUAUUUAAAAUUUUGAGUGAAUUACUCCCUAAUUAUAAGUUGAGGAAUAUCAAUAUUUAUAAGAUAACAUUGAAAUAAUUUAAGGCAACUGAAAAUGUAAUUUUUGUUUUAUCUAAACUUAAAACAUUUAAAAACAUCACUAAAAUAUUUUUGUGUAAUCUGUUACAAAAUAAUUUUUGAGUUCUGUGAACUUAUUAGGUUUUACAGUGUAAUAUUAACGCAUUAUAUUUA